AUAGACAAUCGUUUAAGAGGUAUCAAUGAGACAACGAAUUCUGCCAUUAUGACCUCAGUUUAUUUGCAGCAAUUUUAUUACCUUCUCCUUUACCCAAAUUUGGGAUGGAUUCUUAUCAAUACAAUUUGCGCAUUGCUUGCAUUAGUGGUAAAAAUUGCUAUUCGUGUCACUGUUGGACCAGUGAGCGCUCAGGAAUCAGCAGUGCUGGGUGACCGUGUAGGUAAUUUUCUAGUCUACAAAGCGGUAUUUUUAUUUGGCGUACUGAACAGUGUCGAGUACGAAGAGGCCGUCGCUUGGAUUCUGUGGUUUGCUUCGUUGGCUGCUGUAGCCGCACUUCAGAGCAUCCUCACGUACAGACUCAAAUAUUUAAUGUCUUCAUUUCCACCGCGUAAAGUGCUGCUCCGUAUAAUGGCUCUAUCGAUUGUGCUGCUGGUGGUUUCCGUUGCAUUCGUUUCGUUUGCAUUCAGCACAUUUCGGUUAUUUUCACUCAGUAUUGCUCUGUUCAUCCUUGCUGAUACCAUCAUCAUUGAUAUUGCAGUCGCCCUGAUGUGUUUAUCGGUUCAUGCGAAUAUCUUUCUUCUGGUACAGACAAUUCAGAACAAGCCAAGUUUGUUUCAGGCCAUCAAACCACUGCUGGGAAGUAUUUAUUUGGUCUUGAAAUGCGCCGCUCUUCUCGACAAUGCCCCAGUUUACUUUUCAUCACUUGAAGCAUUUACCGAAAAAACCGAUGUUGGUAGCGACAGAAACUGCUUGGAGCUCUGCAAAAAACGCAUUUUCGCACGGGCAGCCCGUGCGUUGGCCAAGUAUUGUUAUCGCUCAUGA